UCCCGCCUCCUUGCAUGGGGCUGGCAACGGCCUUACACAGAGCGCGGGCGCCCGAGGCGGCCCCAGGCACCCCUCAGCAUCCCCGGCCCGGCCGCGCCAUGAACCUGGGAGAUGGACUGAAGCUUGAAACUGAAGUGUUGGAUGGAAAGCCUAGGCUAAUUUUAGCUUCUUCUGAUAAAUCAAGGCUUUCAGUGAAGAUGGGCAAUAAAGCCAGAGUCCCUAAACAGGCGUUGAGAAUAAGGCGUACUGGACAUAUUCCGAGGUCAACACAGAAUGCCUGUAUCAAGCAGGAAAACUUAGCAAAACCAAGGAGUGAAUCAAGCUUAUCAAUGACAAAAGGUGAAAAAAUGCAUGUAACUAAACCUUCCUCAAAUGAAGCCACAGCUAAAGAUCACUCUUGGAUUUUUCAAAGAGAGAACACAAACAGGAAGCCUGAUUCAGAGAAUCUUGAUGUUAAAAAAAGUAAACAGAGACCUCAAUAUCCACAUAUAUCAGCUGAAGACCUAGGAAAUUUGGGGUGUUUAACACAAGAACAGCUUCAACAGAUUUUGAUGACUGUAAAAGAAGGAACUAGAAGCAUCUUUGAGACUCAUAAUGAAAAGCAAGAGGAAAUGGCCGCUAAUGAGUCAUCAGAGGAAAACACAAGCUUUUUGGAGAAAUGCUACAAUGAAGUUUCAUCUGUUCCAGAUGAAGCUAAUUCUAACUCGAGCAGGAAACAAGAGUCAUAUCCGCAACAAGGACAGAAAGUUAUAAAGGAGUCAUGGAAACCAGCUAACAUAUUUACUACCUUGGGUGAAAGAGAAGGGGAGAAAGCCUUAUUAGAAUUUAAAAAGACACAGUGGAAGAAAGAAUUAGAUGAACAGGUAGCACUGAAGAAGAAGCUGAAAGAGACUUUGAAAGGAGAGGUGGGUUGUGUCUGGGCAAAAUCUGGCAAUGAAAAAACACCUACAGAGAAAAUGGAAACAGCUAACCCAGAUAAGGAAGCUGUGCCACAGGAACAACCUUCAAAGCAUGAGCAACGGAAGAAGUGGCUUGAAGAGCUGGACAAACAGAAGGAAGAAGCUAAGCUACAAAAAAUAGAAGAAAAACUGAAUUUAUCAAAGGCUGAAGAGCAUGACAGAUGGGCAAUGCAUUUUGAUACUUUAAAGAACCACCCUAAUACUAAUGCACAACACCCUUUAAAUGGAAUGUACAAAAAGCAGCAUGAAAGUCUUUGCCUGUCACCUGACCCUAAGGAGCUGACUGCUUUUGUUCACCCUUUUUCACCUGCAGCUUUAGGCAACCUCAUGCCCUCAAAGGUGGAAAAUGCAGAAAAAGGUGCUAAAAGCAGUGCUUUGGAUCACAGUCAGAAAGUCAGUUUCCUUCGUUCAAUGACAGCUCUCCUGGAUCCUGCACAGAUUGAAGAGCGAGACAGACGGCGGCAGAAACAGUUAGAACAUCAGAAAGCAAUAAUGGCUCAGGUAGAAGAAAAGCGGAAGAAGAAACAACUGGAGGAAGAGAAGAGAAAAUGGGAAGAACAAGAGGAAGAACAGCGCCUAGCACGAGAAAAAGAACUGAUGCAGAAACAGUUUGAAGAAGAUACGCUUAAACAAAAACAAAAAGAGGAACUUUUGACUCUUAAAACAAAUGAGAUCUAUCAGACAAUGCAGAAAGCUCAAGAAUUAGCACAGAGAUUAAAACAAGAACAGCGUAUUCGAGAUUUGGCUCAGAAGGGACAUGACAUUUCAAAACUUAAGAAGACUCUUGGUGGUGACACUGAAUUUGAAAAUUGUAGUACUGACAUUUCAUAUCAAAGUCAUAACUUUUCUGAUGACAUUAGCAGUAAUAUUGAUCGGCAGACUUCUCCUCGGAAAGACACCGCUGUACAGACAGAUGACUGUAAUACUUCAGCAUGUAUUGAUUCAACUGAGGGAAGAACUAUGUGUUGUGGAUCACCUGAUAUUUCCAUAGAAUAUAAGGAAACCUCCAACAGCAAAAAAUAUCAGAAAGAAAUGCAGUAUACAGAUGAAAAUAAAAUUUCAGGACAAGAGAAUGGUGGCAUCUACAGUGAGCUAUAUGAACAAUAUGCAAGAAAAGAAAGACAAGUUAAACCUUCAGAAAAACAUACUAAAAGACCUGACUGGAACAUAAACAAGCCUGGGAAAAGAUAUAUUCCAGCAUCAGAAAGAUACCCUAAACAGCUACAAAAACAAAGGGAAGAAAACAAAGUAAGACGGCAAAUGGAGCUGCUUCAGUUGGUAGAAAGAAAUACCCCUGGGAAUCUCUGCCCAAAAAACAGGUCUCCUUCACCUCAUGAAGAAAUGAACAUGAAGAAUAAGGGACAUAGGAUCAGAAAGGAAGAACAAUUACAUAAGAAUAAUUUGAACGAAGAAAGGUCUGACUCACCACCUGUUCCAGCAGUUAAGAACAGGUUACACCAAGUACAACAAAAACAGACACACACCUCUAAUUUCCUGGUGCACAACAACAAUAGUAGAAGAGAGAAAAAUAUCAAGACAGAUGCACAGCAGAGGAGCUCCCCUCCCCUAGUUACAGAAGCUGGAAGACCUCCGUCUUCACAGUUUAUUCCGUAUGUUCGAACAAAUGAAGUGUAUUAUCUUGAUCCAGAAGCACCAGUGACUAGACCUUCAACACAUGACCCACAAUAUCGACGGUUUAAUGGCUCUUACCCAACACCACGACAGAUUUUUAGCUCUGAUCACACUAGAGAUCCUCUUCUAAAUCCUGAUGGAGUUAAAAUCAGAGAGAGACAACAAGCAAUUCUCAAGGGACUGUCAGAAUUACGCCAGGGCCUCCUACAGAAGCAAAAGGAGUUGGAGUCUGGACUAAUUCCCACCGUAAUUCAGGAAGAGAAUUUUAUUUCACCCUUUUGAAAGAUCUCUACAGAAGAUGCCUAACCUGAAUUAAUUUUAGUUGAUAUGCAAUAAAAACCACUGGACCUCCAACCCAAGAGUCCUUCUAGGAGCAACUGUUUUUAGAAAUAACCUGACUAUGAAGGUACCUUACAGCAGUAGCUGAGGGAAUAAAUGUGCGCUCUUUCCUCUCCCUUUGUAUGCCGAGUUAUGUAGUAGGUGAGAAUCUACAGUUGACGUUAUACUUGGUAGAACAGUUUUUCCACAAAAUUCAUUAACAGUUUAUUGGUACAAGGGAGGUUUUUUGAUAGAUUACUUGCCUGGUAAGAUAACUGCUAAACUACUUUGGUCAUGGUUUGUUCCUAAUUUAAAUAAGUGAAUCAAACAAUUAAUAGAAGGGAAGAUAUUCAACUUCAGGGAAAAGUGUACUUCUUUUGAUUAAUCUACCAUUUUUAACAAAUUGUAAUUGUCCCAUCUAACUUUGUGAGUUUACAGUCAUGUAGUUUCAAACACUAAUAAUCCAGUACCAAACCACACAUCCUAUAUAAAAGCACUAAUACCAAAUUACAAACAGGAAGAAAAAAAGACUUUGGACAACUUGAAAACAAGAACAGUAAACGUAAGAGUCAGGGUAUUAGCGUAUGUAAAGACAUCAAUGUAACUAAACAGGUAAUUCUGAGACACCACAGCUAUUUUACUAUCGGCUACUGUUCUCCAGAAGCCUUUGAGUCAGAAAAUGCUGCAUGACAUGAGUCAAUUACAGAAUUGCUAUAGAAAAUGCAAGGUUAACUUAGCACAUGGAAAACUAAAAAGGACAGCAUUAAGAAACAGACAGAACUCCAUGUUUAUGACAAUACUAGUUUUAAAAAGUAGAAAAGCACAGCGAUCACUACGCUGAAGUGUGAGAGGAGUGAGGAUUUUCUAGUGCAAAGCUGAGCUGCCACCAUCAUUAAGACUAGCUUUGUUCUUCUCGUUACUCUAGAACUACAAUGGGAAAUAAAAGUUGUAAGAUCAUUCUGAUGUUGUUCUAAUCAUGCAGCAUCAAAAUUAGACAAAGAUAAUUGCUAGUUAUGAAAUAAAAUUUGGGUACUUUUUUCUGUACUUCGAAAACAGUAUAAAAACCACAGACAAUGCAAUGUGUUAGCAAGUCCCUUGUGCAUUAAGAGUUUAUUUUAUUUUGUAAUGGAACUGCACCAUUAAUCUAACUGAGGUAUUUUGCCAAAAUCCAGUCAUUAAAAUAACUACGCUGCCUUAUAGCUAUGUAAAAACAUUUGUACAAAAUUGUGUCAAAUAAAUACAUAAGUUUUGAUAUUUAUGU